GUCGCCGUUUACAGUAAGGAUGAAUCUAAGGAGCCCAUUGUGGAGGUAAGGACUGAGGAGGAACACACACCAAACCAUGAAGGAGGAGGACCCACCGAACCCAAUGAAACCACCCCUCUGACCGACCCUGAGCACGCUGCUGACACCACAGCAACAGUAGUGGACUUGCUCCCCUCUGUAACCACUAACUCAGACCCCGGCACUGACAGUCCUGCUAGCGAUAGCACCACCCUUACCUCAAGCACCGCCCCUGCGGCCGAGCCUAAAGCGGCCCCUAAAGCCACCCCCAAUCCAGCACCCCCAAACCUAGCGUCACCUCUCCUACUUCCCCCACAAGCUGCUCCUGCAGCCGUGGCCCCUCUGGUGGACCUGAGCGAUACGCCCUCCAACCAGACCUCAAAGCCCUUAGAUGAUUCAACCCCUGCAGAUCUGGCCAAAGCCGACGGCCAGAGCCCGGCUGAGCCGGCCAGUGCCCCCCAAAGUAAGGACUCUCAGGUACAGGGAGGAGCCCACCAGACCACAGAUAGUGACCCUGCCAAGGAAGCGCUGGGCAAGCCCUCCAGCGACUCCUCCAGCGCACCGUCCGCACCCAACCAGGACGAGUAUGGCCACCUCUAG